AUAAUAGUAUCUUUUAAGGAUUACUUAUAUACAGAGAAAAUGGAGAUAGCAAAGGAACUUAUAUUAAUCCUCAAGCAAAAUAAUAAAUCGCAUGUUGGAUAUGGAUUACAAAAGGAAUGUGAGGCUCUUGUAGGACACAUCCUUCAAAAUAUGGUCAGAUCACAAAUGCCUCCUCUGCAUGCUGUAAUGAAAAAUGAAGAAGAUUCUAUUAAAUAUAGAGAACAAGGUAAUCAACAUUUUGUAAUGGGCGAUGAUCUGGAAGCUAUAGAAUGUUACACUUUAAGCUUAGCAUAUGCUAACAGUGAUGAACUCAUGGCUUACGCACAUGCAAAUCGAUCUGCUGCUUUAUAUAGGAAACAAUUAUAUAAAGAAUGUCUAAUAGAUAUUGAUGCAGCUUUACGUCACGGAUAUCCAAAGGAGAAGCAGAAGAACUUGAAGGAAAGAGGAGAUAAAGCAAUAAUUGAAAUAAAAAAGUUGUUGCAAAUAGAUUCACAGGAUAUUGAUAAUCAGAAAGAUAUGGAUAAAGCAUAUCUAUAUGAUGAAUGUAUGAAAAAAUCUGAUACUACAAAACCAACAGAAAAUGCUGAAUACAUCGAAAACGGAACAACGAUAAAGAAAGAUCAGUGUAUUAAUGUUUCAAAAAAACAAAAUGCGAUGGCUAAUGAAAAUUAUCUCUAUUAUACAACAAAGAUCUUUCCGCAGAAACCGAGAUAUUUGCAGAACGAUGAUUUCUCCAAGUUAAUGUAUGGUCCAAGCCAAGAAGUUCCUACCAUCAGUGAUGGUGUGGUAAUAUCUUUCUCCGAAAGAUAUGGUAGACAUUAUGUAGCAACACGAGAAUUUCAACCUGGUGACAUAGUCAGCAUCGAAGAUCCUUAUGCACAUGUUAUCUACGAAGAACGAUAUUAUACGCAUUGCCACUAUUGUCUUUCUAAAAGCUAUAAUUUAAUACCAUGUGCAGAGUGUCCAAUAGCUCAAUAUUGUUCUACAAAAUGUAGAAAACUGGCGUGGGAGGUAUACCAUAAAACAGAAUGUCCAAUUCUAAAACUAUUAGGCAACUUACUUAAUGUGGACAAAGAUAAAAUAAGAAUGAUUUCGAAGAUUAUUCGAUUGUUGAUUGUAGUAACAGAAAAUGGACGUAAAAUUAAAGAAUUGCAGCAGGAUAUGAAAAUCGCGGAAUCUAAUCCAGAUAGUAGAACAGCAGGAUUUACAGAUACUACAAUACUAGACAGUUUUAGCGCACGAUCUGCAUUGAGUCUGGCAACUAAUAUGACCACAAGACCGUUAAUCGGAAUUAGUGCAUUUGCUUGUAUUUCAGCCCUUGCAGUAAUUCUUCUAGCUACACAAACGAAAUUUUUCUCUAAGAAAUAUGAUAUCGAUGACUUGAAGGACAUCAGCGAAUUUUCCGAACUUAAGUUCUGCGCCAGUAUAAUGUUUCGUGCUUGUGUAAUAAUGUCUUCUAAUUGUUUUUCAAUACAACAAGAACCAGGAAUUAUAUCAGGUUCAGGUUUGUACGUGGCUCACAGUUUAUAUAAUCAUUCUUGCGCACCAAAUACUUUUCGACAUUUCGAGGGACUUACAAUGAUCACGCGUGUUUUGACACCAAUACAUGUCGGAGAUCAAAUAUUUACAAGCUAUGGUGGUGUGUACGCGCACAUGCCUCGAUUCGAGAGAAAGCAGAAGAUACUACAAGAUUACUUUCUCGAUUGCGAUUGUCCUGCAUGUGAAAACGAUUGGCCGAUGUAUAAUGAAAUUUUACGCAGUCACAUUGGAUCUAUUUCCAAAAAUAAACAGCUUGUGGAAAAAUUGAAGCCUUUCAGAGAGAGAUUGCUCGCGAAUAUGUACGAUAUCGAGGCAGUAAAAGCAGUUCUAGAUAUAUUGCACAAGGAAGUUAGUACACAUCCAUGUGAGGAGAUACUCCAUGCAGAGCAAUAUUUAAAGAGCUAUUAUUUGGGUAAAUUUAAAUAAAUAUUACAAUUGUUACGCUUUAUGCUUAAACGUAGUCGUCACACAUAGAGCUCUGCUUACUACUUUAACAUUAUUUGCUUACUUCCAUUAAUUAAUAUCUCUGGCUUAAUGUAAUCACCCACUGCUUUGUUUCCCUAUUAUAGCCAAUAAAACUUUUAGCAGCACUACUGAUAUAAUUUUUUAUAAAUGGUUAUUUAAUUUCUGCUUUAAUUUACACUUACUGCUAUAUAAAACGCUAUAAUAAUUAUAAAUAAAUCUACAUAUAAUAAGGAAAAAACAUUUUUCUGUAUUUCAGAUCCAUGAACUGUCAAAAAUAUGACAUAUAAUAUUACAAUUUUUAAAAACAACUACAAUAUAUUCAAAAAAAAGUGUUUUUCCUUUAGAACAUCAUGUAUAUCAAGAAUAUUGUGUAUAGUUUAAAAAUUAUACAUUAUAUAAAACUCCCUUUUUAUAUGAUUUAGAAUUAGUAAGAUUAUAUGCUAGAUUUUAUUUAUGCAACAUAUAUAUAAUAUUAAAAGUCCAACACCAAAAUCAGAUUUCUGCUAAUAAAACGUUUGUUUCCAUCAUGGAUCGAAGACACUAUACCAGGCAUGCAGGUAACCAAUAAUUCUAAUGAUAUGAUUAAACAUUUUUAAGCUUCAAAUGUUUUAUGUAAAAACUUUUAUAUAAACUGAUUGAGAUUUUAUAUAUAAUUUCGCAAAUUGUUACAUCUUAUAUAAAUAUAUACUAAGUAAACACUGGAUUUAAAUUGAGAAAAUUUUAUGUCUAUCUUUUUAUUGGUUAAUUUAUAUAUAAGAAUAUACAAAUUUAAGAAAAUAAAAAGUGUGUAAUGUAUUUUAAAUUAAAUUUUUUACUAACACUUCAAUAAAUUUUUUAAUUAAAACAUAACAUUAAUUCAAACACUUAACUCUAAGAAUAAUUAUGUAUGUACAACAUUGGUUUCUCUUUGAUGUCUUAAAUUACGAGAAUUCGAAUAUUUUAACUUUUUCAUAUAUCAUGAAAUUAUUAAAAAAUUAUUAUAUGAUAAAAAAAACAUU